AUGUUGGAGUCUUAUGUCACGCCGCUCCUCAUGAGCUAUGUGAACAAGUACAUUAAGAACCUGAAGCCAUCUGACCUGCAAUUGUCUCUCUGGGGGGGGGAUGUGGUUCUGAGCAAGCUGGACCUGAAACUAGAUGUCUUGGAACAGGAGUUAAAGCUACCCUUCACAUUCAUGAGUGGCCAUAUACAUGAACUGCGCAUCCAUGUUCCCUGGACUAAGCUGGGUUCAGAACCUGUAGUCAUCACUAUCAACACCAUGGAGUGUAUUCUCAAGCUGAGAGACGGAGCCCAGGAUGACCACGAGAGCGGCUCCAGUUCCACCAGUCGCAGUGUCUCAGAUAGCUCCAAGGCUGUGGCAAAGCCCCGCCGAAUCCAGCAGGCUGCCCCCAGCGACCCAGACUUACCCCCAGGUUACGUCCAGAGUCUCAUCAGGCGUGUGGUGAAUAAUUUAAACCUUGUUGUGAACAACCUGAUCCUGAAGUAUGUGGAAGAUGACAUUGUGUUGUCAGUCAACAUUACAUCAGCAGAGUGCUACACUGUGGAUGAUAUGUGGGAGAGGGCCUUCAUGGACAUCACUGCUCCAGAGCUGGUCCUGAGGAAAGUCAUCAACUUUGCAGACUGUACUGUGUGUUUGGACAAGAGAAAUGCCAGUGGAAAGAUAGAGUUUUACCAGGACCCAUUGCUGUACAAGUGCUCCUUCAGAACACGCCUUCAUUUCACCUACGACAACAUCAACGCUAAGAUCCCGUCUGUCAUUAAAAUCCAGACCAUGGUGGAGAGCCUGAAGUUGUCCAUCACUGACCAGCAGCUGCCCAUGUUUAUCCGUAUAUUACAGCUCGUUAUUGCUCUCUACUACGGAGAAAUUGGAGGACACAAAGACAGUGAGGGGGACGAGGGCAGCAGCCAUGUUAGAGAGACUGCAGGAAAUGUAUCUGGUAUGGAUGUGGACAUGGAAAGCCUAGGAAGUGAUUCUGACAUGCAGCUUAGCAGUCCUGAAGAUGACGACCAAGGCUGGGUCUCCUGGGCCUGGUCAUUUGUCCCAGCCAUUGUGGGCACAGCUGAAGAAGGUGAAGAAGGUCUCUACCAGCAGAGAGAAACUGGAGGCAUCACUAACAGACCCCAUCACCAUGCACACAAGGACCCCAUCGUUUCCAUAGGUUUCUACUGCACAAAAGCGUCCAUUGUCUUCAAGCUGACAGAGACUCUCUCAGAGAGCAGCUACUACAGCCCACAGAAGGUGAAGUCCAGGGAGGUCCUUUGUCUGGAACAACAGGGAAUCACGAUUGAGGUCCUAAUGAUGGGGGAGCCAUUCUUCGAUUGCCAGAUAGGCAUUGUGGGAUGCUGGGCCCUCUGUUUGAAAAGCAUCAUGGGAGUACGAGAUUUUGAGGAAAACAUGAACCGAAGUGAUGAGGAUGCAGUGUUCUUCAGUUGUGGAGAAAGGCUAAGUAGCAAAGGAAUGACUUACCUGACCCACUCCCUCUUUGACUACCGCAGCCCAGAGAACAACGGAGUCAGAGCUGAGUUUAUCCUGGAUACUGCCACUCACAAGGAGACCUACACUGAGAUAGCGGGCAUGCAACGCUUUGGUGCCUUCUACAUGGAUUAUCUUUACACAAUGGAGAACAGCAGUGGCAAAGGCUCUCAGGACUUUUCAGUGACAGGCAUUGAGGAGACAGUAUCUCCUGUGAAAGAGACGUCCAUCAAGAGGCUGGUGGUGGGUCCUCUGGAUGUCAAACUACACAGCAGCUCAGUCCACCGCAUCCUUAAGAUGGUGACCUGUGCCAUGGACCACGAGUAUGAACCAUACUCAAAGCCAAAGUCAGAAACUAUUGAAGAAAGCCUUGGUCCACCUACGCCAGAAGAAAUUUCCAGCCUGGAGGAGUUCAUUCCCACCAGACUAACUUGUCUCACUCUACUCAAUGUCUCAGUCACUGUCUUCAUGGCAGAGUUCAACCUCCUCCAGGCCUUGAUGCCUGUCAUCAUGGGACAUAAGUCGACACCAGGACCCAUCUAUGCACCAGUGUUCCAGCCGGUGCGACCUCUGCCCUCUUUGCAAUUCAAGGUGGAGAGAGUUAAUGUUGAACACUCUGUGCCAAUGUAUGCCUCAGAGUUGGUCAGCAACGUCAGCAGCCUCAACCAGCCUUCUGACAACCUUCUACAUCACUGCUAUGCCCAUCUCUACCUCAAGGUAUUUGGGUUCCAGGCAGGUUUAACAUACCAGGACAGCACAGGGUCCAUCCUUCCUCUAAUACCCAUCAUCCCAUCCUUCAGCACUGCAAUCUAUGGGAAGCAGAUUCAGAUGCCGGCUUACUGGAGCAAAAAGUCCUCGGUCCCCACCACGGAGUGCAUUUCUGAGCUUCCCCAUUUCACCAUACAGGCGACCAGGGCCCAGACGCUUUUGCUCCAUACAAUCUUUCAGAGCUGGACCCACAGCAUGACGAACGGAGCUCCAAUGACUCUCAGCGAAAGUCUGCUUAAUGACGUCUACAAAACACCAGGUGUGAAAUCUCUGGGCCCGUCACUGACUCUCGAGGGCUCGGUCCAAAACCUGGAGCUGAAGUUCUGCAGCCGUGCGACGGUGAAAUGCGCCUCUGGAACCUUGGGAGCUGUAAAAGUGUGCGCCAGGACCCCAGGUUCAGGUGAAGGAGGGAAGGAGAAAUUGGUUCCUCUUAUUCAGGGACCGUCUGACACCAAAGACCUCCAUAUGAGCCUCUGGCUUAACGAGAUCCGCAAACCAGAAUCUUUGCUCGCUCCUGACCUGCUGGCAUUUUCUGUUCUGGUCCCUCAACAAGGAGACAGUUACCGGACCUCAGGUGCUGUACUGCUGGUCAGCAUCCAGGGCAUCGCCAUCAACAUGGAUCCAGUCUUUUGCACAUGGCUGCUCUACCAACCACAUAAGGGAAGCAGCAGGCAACAGAAUCCAGGCGCAGCCUCCAAGGUCAAGAGGAGAGAGGAUGAGGUGUCAGUAGGAAGCACACCAUUGGCCAAGCAAACCUCCAAUCAGGCCUCAGAUUAUGCCAGCAGCCCAGUCAAAACCAAGACAGUCACAGAAUCACGUCCCCUGUCUAUCGCCAUGAAAGUGAUGCCUGACACCACAGCUCCAGCUUCGUGGACUUCUUCAGAGGAAAGAAUGAAGGAGCUCAUUGCUCUUGCCUGGGAUGCUGUUAAACGCCUGACCGUACAGUUGGAGCUGCAGUCUUGCUGUGUGUUCCUGCCUAAUGACAGCCUUCCCUCUCCGAGCACUAUCGUCUCUGGUGACAUUCCCAGCACCGUCCGUAGCUGGUACCACAACCAGGCCUCCAUGCCUGCAACUCUGGUCAUCUGCCUGCCCCAGAUCAGCGUCCUAAGUGCUGGUCAUAAGUACAUGGAACCGUUGCAGGAACUUCCCUUUGAGGUCUCCAAACCUAUCUUGGAAGAAGGUGAUGCCUUCCCCUGGACUAUUAGCCUAAGUCAGUUCAGCGUCUACACACUACUGGGGCAGCAGCGAAGUCUCAGCCUACUGGAGCCUAUGGGCUGCACCUCCACGCUGGCUGUCACAUCCCAUAAGCCACAAAGCUGUUCUGAAGGAAGGCACUCAUUUGUGGUCUGCCUCCACGUUGAUCUCCAGCCCGUUCACAUCAAGUGCUCCAACCCUCAGGUUCAACUUUUGUACGAACUCCUCCUGAGCUGGAGCUCCACCUGGGCCCGUCUGCAGAAGCACGGCAUCCUGCGCCAGACUUCCAGCGUCCCAGAACCUCCCGCUGGUGCUGCACCAUCCUCACCAGUUCGCAGCAGUGCCGGCACAGCCCUGCCUGACACGAGCACCUGCAGCCCGUCUGCAGAUUUUGGCUCCCCCACUGAGGGAGACUCAGUGCCUGCUGCAGACAACAGUCCAUUCUCUGAGACAGUGACUUUGGAGCAGAAAACCAGCAGUAUUGGUGGAACCAGUGGAAAGGUCAGCCUCUGGAUGCAGUGGAUGUUACCAAAGGUCACGGUCAAACUGUUUGCUCUUGAACCAACUGUCAAAAAAACAGAGAUCUGUGUCAUCGGUGAACUAGAAGACCUCAGUGCCUCUGUAGAUGUGCAGGACGUUUAUACAAAGAUCAAAUGUAAAGUCGGAAGCUUCAACAUCGAUCACUACAGACGCAGUAUGGAGGGUGGUGUUCGGAGCUCAGGCAUCUGUGGAGGAGUGGUGCUCUCUUGCACUGACAAGCUGAACAGACGCACAGUGUUGGUUCGACCAGUCACCAAGCAAGACUCUUUCAGCCACUUCUCUGGCUUUUUUCCUUCUACAGCAGCUAAAGUCCUGGAAGGCUCUCACCAACAGCAUGGCUUCCUGUCCAUCACUUACACUCAGGCUGUUACCAAAAAUGUCCGUCACAAACUCACCACUCGGUCUGAGCGGCCAUCACGCGGCUGUGCCACUACUGCCAGCCAGAGGAUGACCACCGAUCCACUGGCAGACAGCUCGCCUCAGUUCCUCAGAGAAAUCCUGCUGACUGCACAGCCUUUUGAUGUGGUUCUAUCUUGUCCUCUACUGGCCACUGUAGCGGGGGUGUUUCAGGCCACUGUACCAAGACGCUAUAGGGAGCGUGGGAAGUCGGCAGGCCAGCCAAUGAGAAGCCACGCCCUGACUUCUCGCUGUUUGCCACUCAUCUACAUCAACAGCAGCGUGAUCAGGGUCUUCUGUCCUGGAGCACAAGACAAACAACUGACGGCAGAUCCUCCUGUGAAACAAGAGGACACCCUAGUAUUAAAGAUGGGAUCCCUCAGCAUGGCUCCACAGGCUGACAACCCACUGAGCCGCACUGUGCUGCGUAAAGACAUCUACCAGCGUGCGUUGAACCUCGGCAUCCUGCGUGACCCAGGUUCAGAAGUGGAGGACCGUCAGUACCAGGUCGACAUCCAGUCCGUUACAAUUGGAACAGCACAGUGGGAGCAACUCAAACCGGAAAAGGAGGGAAUCAGAGGAGGUGUGUCAGCAGAGAACGAGAGAAACUCCCAGAACCCAGCUCUGGAGUGGAACAUGGCCAGCAGUAUUAAGAGACACCAGGAACGCCGGGCCAUCCUGACACCAAUCCUGACUGACUUUUCUGUCCGAGUCACAGCCGCUCCAGCCAUCAUCUUCAGCAAGAGUUCCUCUCCUGACACUGGACAGACAGAGGAGGUGGUGGUUUGUGGUCACUCUCUGGAGGUGAACGUGACCAGCAGCCUGGAUCUCUACCUCAGCAUCGGGCAGGUGCAGCUCCUCCAGCAACUUCUCAGAGACAAUGUGGUGGGAGUAGAAGGUCCUAAGAAAAGUCCUGAGGUUUGCAAGCAUGAGCAAAAACAUGGGCCUCAAGACCGAGGGGCUGGUGUUGACUCCCAGUCACAGUCACGUCACAGUGGAACAGGUCAGGACAGUGGCUUUGGCAGCGACAGUGCACGCAUACGCAUCGUCCAAAUAGAGCAACAGAGUGGAGCCAGCCAUCACUGCAUUGCUAGGCCCUCCCAGAAAUCCACCAUCACCAAGAACCUCAACUUCAUCCCCUUUGACAUCUUUCUCACUGCAAGCCGGCUGUCUGUCAUGACAUAUGCCUGUUCCAGUUCCUCAAAGGCCCUUUCCUCUUCAUCUGACACUCCCAGACCACUGGAGAAGAAUGAGGCUGUGGAAAAGGUGGAAAAGAUUGCCCUAACCCAGCCUGAGGUCAUGCCCGAGUCUCCUCCAACUUCAGCCUCUCCGACUCCAGAGUCUGCUCCAACUGGACAGGAUUCCAUUGCUGGCCUGACAGCGGAAGACAUCUUCAACAGCAAUACUUCCCAGCCAGCGUCACCACUCCUGAGAGGAAGCCUGCUCUCCCUGAACACUCUGCCAACUCCCAGCCGCUCCUCUGCUCGCCAAGCGCUGGGUGUGACUAUAGUGAGGCAGCCUGGACGAAGAGGGGCUGGAGACCAGGUGCUGGAACCUUUGUUGUAUCUUCAGGUGAUGCAGCCAUCUGCUCUUCUCAGCUGUCACCACCGCAAGCAGAGAAUGGAGCUGUCUGUGUUUGAUGUGGCCUUAAGAGGAGUGACGUCAGACUACAAAUGUUUGGACCCAGGAAAGACUCUUCCAGAAUCUCUUGACUACAACGUGUUUUGGCUGCAGACAGUAGCAGCAGAGGUGGACAGUAAGACAGGCAUCCCUCCCCCUUUGCUGUGCCUCCAGAUCAAAGAUUUUCUCAAUGGACCAGCUGAGCUGAACCUAGAACUAUCACGUCCACUGAAAAUCAGUCCCACAUUGGCAAAACUAGAGCAGGCCAAAGCCUAUGUCCAGAAAGUCCUGCCAGACCAUGUGUGGGAUUCAUCCAGUAAACCAUCAUCUACUUCCUGUUCACCUUAUUCUUUGCCAACAAAGUCGAUGCCGAGGUCCUUGCACACCCGUUCAGACCCCCACGGUCAGUCCUCAAGAAUGGGUUUAACCAGCAAUGUCCAGGUUUUGGCGUCAUACUUCCACAGGAUCUCACUGCAUACUGCUCAGAUCGUAAUCAACAUGGAAACAGAGGCUCAUCCCAUGAAGCCCAGUGUGACAGUGUCUGUGUCAGCCAUGACUGGAAGUCUGACUAUAAAACCAUGGCCAAGGACAGAAGACAUGAUUCAGGCUGCCUCUGUGCAGCUAAAGCUACAGGAUUUGCUAGUGAGAACUGGGCUGAAGGACCAAAGUCAUCUCCUGCUGGGACCUUUCUCCUGCAGCACCUCUCUUGAAGCACGCUGGUGUCGGCACAGUGGUAGCCCAGGACCUGAGCCCGGCCCCCCUAAACUGCUGCUUGAUCUGAAAGGAGGCCUGUUGCAGGUCUUUUGGGCCCAAGAACAUGUAAACUGCUUGAAGCUGGUGGAGGAGCACCUCAGGGGUUACCUUGAUCUACACACACAGGAUCCAGCUGAUAGCGAGGCCAAGGAUAAACCCAGUCACUCUCAGUCACCCCCCUCUCCAGGCUCUUCUUCUCCUCAGACGGAGCACAGCUCAGAUGACCUGCGCACUGGUCACUUUCACUACAUCAAGGACUCAGCGUCCCAUCGACUGCCAGGACCCCAUGAGGUGACUUUCUUCAGCGAAACAGAGGACAGUCCUGGAGUGAUGCUGUGGAGAUACCCUGAACCCCGUGUCCUCACCUUUGUCAGGAUCACUCCUGUGCCCUUCAACACCACAGAGGACCCCGAGAUCAGUACAGCUGACCUGGGUGAUGCUCUGCAGGUACCAUGCAGCCUGGAGUACUGGGAUGAGCUCCAGCAGACCUUUGUUCCAUACCGUGAUUUUAGCCUGUCAGAGAGCACCUCCUGUCAGCUGCAGCUCCCCAGCCUCAGCCUGGUGGACCAGCAGAAGGAGCUAGUGGCUGCGGACCUUUGGAGGAUUGUUCUCAGUAGUAAUGGAGAAGGAGGAGACGAGCAAAGUGUGGACAGUGACUGUGGCUCCCAGGCUCCCUCUGAUCACUUGGUUUCUCCAAUGGCACUGGCAGCCUGCACCCGCGUAGACUCCUGCUUUGCACCUUGGUUCGUCUCCUCUCUGGGAAUGUCUCUGCAACUGGCACAGCUUGAAGUUCACCUCUGCCACCACCUGGAUCAGCUGGGUACUGUUCCAUCCCAGCAACUUCGCCCCUUCCUACCAGACAGGAAGUUACCACAGGAGCAGGAAUUCAUGGUGGUUGGUUCUCGGGAGCCCAGAGUUUACUUACGGCAAUGGAGCAACGGACUAUGUCAUAGUCAGGAAGUCAACUUUUCUACACAGCUGGACUGCAGGCUGCUGGAAUACAGAAACCUAACAAUUAUUCAGCUUCUCCAGCCUUGUUUACUACAGGGCCAAGCAACAGCCACCUUCACCCCUGAGAACACAACACUGGAUGUCAACAUGUUCGUGGACCCAGUUCUCCUCACUUUCAGCCAAUAUACCAUCCACACUGUGGACACCGCCCUACAGAGCUGGCAACAGAAUGGGAAUCCUGAAGCCGAGGAGCUGAUCUACAGCCAUUAUGUGAUCUGUAAUGACACCCACGAAACACUGCGGUUCGGUCAGGUGGACACAGACGAGAAUGUGCUGCUGGACAGUCUGCACAGCCACCAGUACAGCUGGAGAUCCCACAAGUCUCCUCAGCUGCUGCACAUCUGCAUAGAGGGCUGGGGGAACUGGCGCUGGUCGGAGGCCUUCAGUGUAGACAACGUUGGAACUCUGCUGAGAACCAUUCAUUACAAAGGGCGCACAGCUUCACUGAUCAUCAAGGUGGUGCAGCUGAGCGGUGUCCAAAAACAGGUCAUAAUCUGUGGCCGUCAGUUAAUGUGCAGUUACCUCACACAAGAUAUUGAGUUGCGAGUGGUACAGCACUAUGUAGGGCCCGACGGUCAGACAGUGGUGAAAGAACACUGUGAUUGCCUGGAGGCUGGGGCGAAGUUGCCCUCCUAUGUUCUGGAGGACACAGAGAUGACGGAGCUGUGUGUGAGAGCCCGGGGAGACGAGGAGUGGUCUCAAGAUGUUCAGCUAGAGAGCAGGAAGAAAGAGAGCAGCAGCUCCGUUGUACAGGUGCCUUGUUCCGGUGGUUCAUUACUUUACGUUUGGUGCACACUCAUCACCAUGGAACCAGACUCUUAUUUGCAGCAGAGAGCUGUGGUUUUCAGUCCACUGUUUGUUAUGAGGAGUCAUCUGCCAGAGCCAGUAAUCAUCCACAUAGAGAAGAGGAAUCUGGGACUGAGAGAGAGUCAGCUGAUCCAAGGACAAGGUCACCAGGAGCCUCUAUUAAACACUGAGGCCGACCUCACACACCAUCUCACUUUUCAGGCCAGGGAGAAUGAAGAGACCUCUCACUGUGCUGUGCCUAUCUCCACCAACCUGAUCAGGCAAAUAGUGGGUAAAGCUGGAAACGAGGACAGCCUGAAGGACCUUCUGGCAGACUUCUAUGGACCCAACAGUUCCAGUGAGAUGCCCUGGCCCUACGUCAACAAAGAUAGCGACAGGUCUGUGCUGGAGCCUUUAGCCCAGUGGGACAGUCCCAUGCAGGUGAAACUGUCCUGCUGGAAGCCUGCCCUGAACACACUGCUGGUGGAGCUGCUGCCCUGGGCCCUGCUCGCUAACCACUCCCAGUGGGACCUCUGGGUUUUUGAGGGAGAGACCAUCAUACUGCAAAUACCAGCCGGUAAAGUCAUCGUGCCACCUAACUUCAAGGAAGCCUUCCAGAUUGGCAUCUACUGGGCCCACACCAACACUGUCCACAAGUCCACGGCUCUGAAACUGGUCCAUGACUUAACUUCUCCUCGAUGGAAGGAGGGGACAGGAGCUGAUGUAGUCACUCUGGAUGAAGAAGGAUACGUAGAAGCAGACAUCACCCUGGGUGGCUCAGCUGGAAGACAAAAGAUGUGUCAGUUCUGUGUCUCGUCUGUGGUGAGACAUGGAAUCCAGAUCCUGCUGAUAGAGGACAGGACAAUUCUGGUCAACAACACACCCUACACCAUUCACUGCAGACCUCUGCUGACUGACCACGCACUGGGAACUGAGGACCAGGCCUGUGAGAUACCAGAAGCGUCCACGUUUAGCCUGGCUCCUUCUGAAGACUCGUCCCGGGCCAGGCCAGGCUCAGUGCCAUGCUGGGACCUCCUCCAAACCAGGGUCCAGGGAAAGGUGGCGUACCCUCUACCAGUCAGACACAUGCUCUUCAGCUUGUUUCCCAGGCCUCAUGCCCAUCUUGGAACCACAGCCUGGAGUCUCCCGGCUCCCAUUCGACCUGACUUCCCCAGGCAGAGUUUGUCUGUUCCUGGGGAACCGACCUCUGGCGUUGGCCUUAGCAGCAGAGCUUUGGUAAUGACGUAUCAUGAACACCUUGGAGUGACAUACAUUACCCUGAAUGAAGACCCCUGCCCUCGCCUGCUGAUCCACAACAAGUGUCCUAUUUCCCUGCUGCUUAAGGAAACUCUCAAAGAAGCCCCACAAACGGAAGUGUACUGCCGUGCACUACCUGCCAACUGUUCUCUGCACCAUGAACUCUACCACCACAUCUCCACUUUCCCAGACUGCAGGCAGAAAGAGAUGUUACCCACACUGCUGCUAAAAACCACUUCAGACCACAGCACCACAGACUGGACUGAUCCAGUAGACAUCAACUGCCUGGGCACUCAGGUGGUGUUCCUGCCAGGCUUUGGGUGUCUCUACAUCGACGUGACACAUGAGGGAGGGACUCUGGUUCUUUCUUUGGCACCAGAGGGCAGUGUGGAUGCUGUAGCUAACCAGCAGAGCAGGUCACCCAAAUUGUCCUUCACAAUCUUCCUAAGUGAGGCCAGUUUGGCCCUGUGUGAUGACAUCACCAGUCCUUCAGGUUCUGUCGAGUUGAUGAGACUCACGUUAACCAAGCUGCUCCUCAGCCUGACUCCUGCACCUGCCUCCCUUCCUCUGGAACUGUCAAAUGACCCUGAAGCUGCUCCAUUAUUAUUCCUGAUUCCUCAAAGUUCUCUGGUUGAGGUCUGCUGCUCCAGUCUGCAAGUAGACAACCAGCUGUACAACAGAGCAAGUUUCCACUUCCCUGUGCUGCUGUGCCAGGCUGACCCUGGGAGUCCUUGGAGCAGUGAUGCCAAACCAACAGAGUCUCCUGAAGCCCUGGAGGAGUUCAAGCGAACAUGUUUCCUGCAGCUCAGGAUGACACUGGCUGGAGACAAAUACACUGUGGAGGAGGUCAGCUUUCAGCUCCAGCCUGCUAGAGUCUACCUCGAAGACACCUUUGUUUACUACAUUAAAACCCUCUUCCACACCUAUAUCCCUGAGAGUGCUUUUGCCUCGGCUGUUGCAGAGACAAAAAGAAACAAAUCUCCUGGAUCUGUGUCCAAUGUCCCAGAACAGGUGCUUCAGAUGAUGCAUGUGUUGGUCAGUCCUGUGCAUCUGCAAAGAUUAACUAUCCAGCCGGUCAAUGUCCUGGUCAGCAUCCACGCCUCCCUUAAACUCUACAUUGCAUCUGACCACACUCCUCUCUCCUUCUCUCUGUUUGAGAGAGGGCCACUAUUCACUACAGGCAGACAACUGGUCCAUGCUCUGGCCAUGCACUACGCUGCUGGAACUCUUUUCAGAGCUGGAUGGGUGGUGGGGUCGUUGGAGAUCCUGGGCAGUCCUGCCAGCCUGGUGCGCAGCAUUGGUAACGGUGUGUCUGACUUCUUCCGCCUGCCGUAUGAAGGUCUCACUCGAGGACCUGGAGCCUUUGUCAGCGGCGUGUCCAGAGGAACAACAUCUUUUGUCAAACACAUCUCAAAAGGUACACUGACAUCCAUCACUAACUUGGCUACAAGUCUGGCCAGGAACAUGGACCGUCUGUCUCUAGAUGAGGAGCACUACACCAGACAGGAGGAGUGGCGGAGACAUCUGCCAGAGAGUCUGGGAGACGGACUGAGACAGGGACUGUCCCGACUGGGCAUUAGCUUGUUAGGAGCAAUAGCAGGCAUUGUGGACCAGCCCAUGCAAAACUUCCAGAAGAACUGGGAGUUGCAGACUUCAGCUGGGAGUACAGCCAAAGAUGUCAUCUCCGGAGUUGGGAAAGGCAUUGUGGGUGUUUUCACCAAACCAAUAGGGGGAGCAGCUGAGUUAGUGUCCCAGACUGGAUAUGGAAUCCUUCAUGGAGCAGGACUGUGGCAGCUUCCUAAACAACUGUACCUGCCCGUGGAGGAGAAAGCAGCUCAGGCUCCAAACAGCCACCUGAAAUAUGUCUGGUGAGAUUUCAGAACAUUCUCUUUACUUCUUAAUUCUUCAGGAAUAGAGCAUCUGUUUUGUCUUUGCUUUGGUUGGACUCUUACCACAAUUUGCUGUUCCACCUCUCAUCAUCGCUGCUGUCUUGUUUAAAAUAACCUUGACGAGUUUAUUACCCAUUCUCCAAGUACAAAAACCUGGAGAGAUGUUUGACCUUGAUCCCACACAUGGUAGCCAGGCUGCCCUGCCUCCUUCUCAUCCAACCAUGUUAAAAGGUUUUUAUAAGCACUUGGCCAAAACCGCUGGAGAGGAAUUAUUCUUGUUAUUCAGCCAUGAGUUUGUCCAGAGAUGUGAUCUGUGCCAUUGGACGGAGCAGAUGGAGGAGAAACACCUUCAUCUGCAUGUUGUAAUGGUUUGAAGAAAAUCUGUUUACAAAGGUCACAUGUUUGCCAAGCACAAGGUUAACUUCUGGAUCCCACAUCUUCUGCACUGCAUCUGCUCUCACAGUGCUGCUUGAUGCUAUCAUGAGGACCAUAAGUUGGUUCCUGAAGGUUAGCAGCAGCUUCAGAUGAGGACUUUGUGGCAUUUUGUGAAUUUUUGUCAUCCUCCAUUUUGAUUUUUAAAAGAAACAUUUUCCUUUAGUAGCAGUCAGUGUUGCCUUUCAGCUGUCGUUGAUAAAAAAUGCCAUCAUAUGUAGACAUGAUUUCUCUCAGACAUUCCUUUAAUAGUCAUUACCUCUGGGCUCAGCGGUGUGCAAUUGUACUAACGUUGAAGGAAGAGGAAAAAACACAUGCCUGGUGAGAUCAUGCUCCCCCAUGACUUCGGUCACGCUGCACUGCAGUUGCACUGCUUUCCAUCAGGCAUCCAUCAGUUAUUUUUACUACUGCAGGUAGCCCACACACUUGAAGGGUCAGGCUGUGUGAGCACAGUGACACUGAACAGAACCAAAGUGUCCCUGCUGCCGCCACUGCUGCAACAUCUGCUCUGCCCUUGCACCUGCCGUCCAAAGUAAACAUACUGUCAAACUAACGCCAGCAAACACACAUGUUCGUUUGUGUAUGUGAUGGGAACCAUGAAGAGAACAUGCAAAAAUGUAAAUUACAGGAUGUAUGUUCACAUGUGGGAACUAUGUAUGUAUGUGCUGAGGUCACAGAAGGCACCUUCUGCGGCCGUGAUGUUUAUAUGGAAAUGUGUAUCUAACGGUGCAGGAGGAAACACUGACUGCAUGAUACACACUGUACAGAGUAAAUGUGACUUUGUACUACCAUGUACAACAGCCUGAGUACUUCAUUUGUCUAAUUUUAAAUAGUCCACGAUUUGUGAAAGAAAGUUUCAAUUGUGUCAUAACCAGAGGUGUGGACUCAAGUGACAAAUUUGAUGAUUUUGGACAAAGAGUAAAGACGUGUAACUCGACAAAUAUUCAGAUAAAAUAUAUUUUGGAAUUUUUAACACAAAUUAUUCACCUGGCAGCAUGUUUUACGGCAUAAUUUUGCACUUAAAGUCAUUUCAGAGACUUUUUAUUUUUAUGGAUAUUUUCACAAUGGUAAGGCUAUAGUAAGGCAUGUUUUGGGUGAAUUUUGAAAUAUUCAUAUAAAAUACUUUUUGGACUUUUAAACACAAAAU